AUGAAACUACCAAACCAAAUUAAUGUAAAUAACGAAAAAGCUGAAGUUGAGAUAUGUGGCCAUCCAAAACCCGAAGUAAAUUUUUAUAUAGACAAAGGUAAAAGACUUCCUGGUGCGUGUAAAUUAACAGAUGAAAGACUGAAGAAGUACAAAUGCGAAGUGGAAUUAACAGAUUUGAACUGUGGGGAAAUGCUGUAUUUGGAAGGUCGCGGCUACGACACUAUGAAACUAACUUCGUCAUCUCUGUUAAUUGCCAACUAUACCCCGCAGAAUGUAAGUUAUAAAGCGGAUUCUAAUGGAUGCUACACAGUUACAUGGUCUAUUUAUCAUCUUGGAAUAAAAUGUGUUAAAAUGUACGAAUUGAAAGCGCUUCUUGAUGAUGAAUCGUUGUUAAAAAAUACGACUAUACUAACAACAUUGAACAAUAACUUUAUGUGUUACCCAUCCAUACUAUAUGUUAAAGUUAGAACAGUAUCUAUAUGGAAUGCUAAAAGUAAUUGGGUUAUGCAAGAAAUAAAUGCUGAGCGUGUUGCACAACGAAAAGAUAACAAUCUUAAAGUCAUUAUUCCUGUAAUUUUUGCGUUUGUUUUGGUUGCUUUUAUUGUUUUGCUGAUGAAAAGAAAGAAAUUCUGCAAAAGGAAUUUUGUUAAUAAGCAUCAACUACCAUGGCAAAAUGCUGAAGAUGGGAAUGAUGACGGUUAUGAAAUGACAGGAGAAACAUCAUCUCAUUAUGCAGAUCUUAAUCCUCAAUUUAUAACACCAAGCGUCUAUGCUGAGUUAACAAACAACACAACAGCAGAAGCAGCAUCGUCUAACUAUGCAGAACCUAAUGUUCAAGCAAUAAAACCAAGAUUGUAUGCUGAUUUAACAACAAAGUGUUGAACAAUAUUCCAAGAAGUACUUUCGUUUAACUGCAAAACUCAGACUUCCUACAAUUGUUAGGUAGCAUAUUUGCUUUAUUGAAAGUUUAUCCGCAUUUUAAAAUUUCAACAAGCUACCUAUUAAAAAUUAUUGUUUUUAGGCAUACCUUUAUUCAGUAAGCAUCACCCCUUUCCUGUCAUUUUUGCAUUCAACAACUUCUUUCUUUUUUUAUCGUACAUUCCUUGCGUUUUCAUAAAUCUGUACGUAUUGUCCAAUACGAAGCGUGUUUUUGUAAAAUAAUGGAUAUCAUUUUGCGCAUUUAGAAUUACUUAUAUUGGUGACUAUAUAAAUUGUUUUGUACAUAUCAACAGUUUUUAACGUUUAAAAAAACUCAGUUCUUUACAUAAUGCGGAAUAGGUGUGUUACGCCUUAAAAAUCCACCUGAAAUGGUAUGUACAGGUCCUAAAGAAUAUCUUGCAACGGAUGAGUUUUGUAUACUUUAAAUAGCUGUCAUAGGCCGGCGGUAGCAACACUU